CCGCUUCCGCUUUACAUAAAUAAAUUCUUUGCUAAUAAAUAAAUUAAAACGUUCAUGUGCACACCACCCAAGACAGAAGCUCUUUUUUGCAGAUUCUUUCUCGCCAUUUCACUUUCUCUUCUCUCCUCUCUCUCUCUCACACACAUCAAAAAAGUUCUGCUUUUCUGCUUUGUCGGACCAAGUGAACAGCUUCAAAAUUAGAACAAAAAAAGGGGAAUGGAGGGCAUUGUGCGAGUCGUGGUGUUGGUGCUAUUCGGGGUUUUAAUUAGCGGCAUUCGAUGUCAGGAAGAUACGGAUAGAACCUCCGCAGGUGUAUACAUGGUUACCCUUAAACAAGCUCCUUCUUCUUUUCACAAUUCCAGUAGAGCGAAGAAGACGACUCAUCCUUUCGGGCUCCCAGCUUCUACUUCUGGAGGAGCAAAUACACUAGAAAAUCCAAGUUUCAAAAACAUCACAAGCAAACACCAUCGUUAUGGUUCCCGAAUCGCAAGAGUUCAUGAUUCAUUAUUGAGGCGAGUUCUAAAAGGAGAAAAAUAUCUCAAAUUAUACAGCUAUCACUACUUAAUAAACGGAUUCGCUGUUCUUGUUACUCCACAACAGGCACAAAAGUUAUCGGGUCGAAAAGAAGUGGCAAAUGUGAUACCCGAUUACUCUGUUAGAACUGCAACUACACAUACACCACAGUUCCUAGGGUUACCUCAAGGUGCUUGGUUACAAGAAGGUGGAUAUGAGACAGCUGGCGAAGGGGUUGUAAUCGGGUUAAUUGACACGGGUAUUGACCCGACCCAUGUGAGUUUUGCUGACGGGUUAUCUGAAAAUAACUAUCCGGUUCCCGAGCAUUUCACGGGUGUUUGUGAGGUGACACGGGAUUUCCCAUCCGGGUCAUGCAACCGGAAGCUUGUUGGGGCCCGCCAUUUUGCAGCUUCUGCUAUCACAAGAGGAAUCUUUAAUGCAUCUCAAGAUUACGCUUCACCAUUUGAUGGAGAUGGACAUGGGACGCACACAGCUUCUAUUGCUGCGGGAAACCAUGGGAUCCCAGUUGUUGUAGCCGGGCAUCAUUUUGGGAAUGCCAGUGGAAUGGCCCCUCGUUCACACAUUGCUGUUUACAAAGCAUUGUACAAAAGCUUCGGUGGCUUUGCUGCUGAUGUUGUUGCUGCCAUUGAUCAGGCAGCUCAAGAUGGAGUGGAUGUUAUAAGUUUAUCAAUAACACCCAACAGACGUCCACCUGGAAUUGCUACUUUUUUUAAUCCAAUAGACAUGGCAUUGCUAUCAGCGUAUAAAAAGGGUAUUUUUGUUGUACAAGCUGCGGGUAACACCGGGCCUUCACCCAAGAGUGUUUCUUCCUUUAGUCCAUGGAUCUUUACGGUGGGUGCAGCUGCACAUGAUCGCAAGUAUAGCAAUUCCAUUCUUCUUGGGAAUAACAUCACCAUUCAAGGAGUCGGACUUGCACCUGGAACAGAUGAAGAUUACACUUUAGUUUCUGCAACAGACGCACUGAAUGAUUCAGAAACACCAACAGAUGAAUACGUAAACGAAUGCCAAGAUUCAAGUAGCUUGAAUCAAACAAUUAUCCAAGGAAACCUCUUAAUCUGUAGCUACUCCAUCAAAUUCGUUCUUGGACAAUCUACCAUAAACAACGCUGUUGAAACAGCUAGAAAUCUGAGUGCAGCUGGAGUUGUAUUCUCCAUGGAUCCUUUCAUCAUUGGAUUUCAACUCAAUCCUGUUCCAAUGAGUCUCCCCGGAAUCAUAAUUCCAUCCUCCAAUGAUUCCAAGAUCUUACUUCAGUACUAUAAUUCUACGUUAGAGAGAGAUCCAGUUUCAAGAAAGAUAGUGAAAUUUGGAGGUGUUGCAUGCAUUGUAGGUGGAGUUGAAGCAAAUUUCAGUAACAGUGCUCCAAAAAUAAUGUAUUAUUCUGCUAGAGGACCAGAUCCAGAAGAUAAUUUCCUUCAAGAUGCCGAUAUAUUAAAACCAAAUCUUGUUGCUCCUGGAAAUUCCAUUUGGGCUGCUUGGAGUUCCGGUGGCACUGAUUCAGUUGAAUUCCUCGGUGAGGAUUUUGCGAUGAUGUCGGGAACGAGUAUGGCGGCUCCUCAUGUAGCGGGGCUGGCUGCAUUAAUUAAACAAAAGUUUCCCCAUUUUACCCCGUCAGCAAUCGGGUCCGCGUUAUCAACUACCGCUUCUCUACGGGAUAAAGAUGGUGGGCCCAUAAUGGCACAACGUGCGUAUGCUAACCCUGAUUUAAACCAGUCUCCCGCAACACCCUUUGAUAUGGGAAGUGGUUUUGUAAAUGCAACCGCAGCAUUAGAUCCUGGACUCAUUCUUGAUUUAGGGUAUGAAGACUACAUGUCAUUCCUAUGUGGCAUAAACGGGUCAGAAGCCGUGGUGCUAAACUACACGGGGACCACAUGUGGGCCCACAACAACAGUGUUGACCGGUGUUGACCUGAAUUUACCUUCCAUCACAGUUGCAGCACUGAACCGGUCUCGAGUGGUUCAAAGAACCGUGACUAAUGUUGGUGGGAUGAAUGAGUCUUAUAGUGUGGGUUGGAAUGCUCCUUAUGGGGUUUCUAUGAAGGUCACACCGGCUCAUUUUAGCAUUGGUAGUGGUGAAAAACAGGUGUUGAAUGUGUUGUUGAAUUCAACCAUGAAUAGCAGUGUUGCGAGUUUUGGAAGAAUCGGGCUUUUUGGUGAUAGGAGUCAUGUCGUGAAUAUUCAUUUGUCUGUGGUGGUUAAAAUGGCGUAUAAUAUGAGGACAAUAGAUAGUGUUGAGGAGUCACGAGAAUCAAAACCUAAUGAUAAUGGCAACAAUUUGGUCAUAUGA